AUUUGGAUCAAAAUCUGUGAUCGGAGAUCGAGAUCAUGUCGAGCAGAGCGCCAUUGCCGCAGUUCUCGAGCUCGGUGAAGCUCAAGUAUGUGAAACUCGGGUAUCAGUACUUGGUGAACAACUUGCUCACGUUUCUGCUGGUGCCGGUGAUGUUCGCCGUGACUCUGGAGGUCGUCCGGCGGGAACCGGAGGAGUUGCUGGCCCUGUGGCAGGCGCUGCACUUCGAUCUCAUCCAGAUUCUGUGCUCGCUCUUCGUGAUCGUGUUCGCCGGCACCGUCUACUUCAUGUCGCGGCCGCGGCCGGUGUACUUGGUGGACUAUGCCUGUUUCAAGCCGCCGGCGUCGUGCCGCGUGCCGUUCUCGACCUUCAUGGAGCACACGCGGCUGAUCAACUCCGACGAGAAGAGCGUGCAGUUCCAGAUGCGGAUCCUGGAGCGGUCGGGGCUCGGCGAGGAGACCUGCCUGCCGCCGGCCAACCACUACAUCCCUCCGAGACCCACCAUGGAGGCUUCCCGGGCCGAGGCGCAGCUCGUCAUCUUCUCCGCCAUCGACGACCUGCUACGGAAAACAGGGCUGAAGCCCAAGGACAUCGACAUACUCGUCGUCAACUGUAGCCUCUUCUCGCCGACGCCGUCUCUGUCGGCGAUGAUCAUCAACAAGUACAAGCUCCGUAGCAACGUGCGCAGCUUCAACCUCUCCGGCAUGGGCUGCAGCGCUGGGCUGAUCUCCGUCGACCUGGCGCGCGACCUGCUGCAGGCGCACGCCAGCUCCAAUGCGCUGGUGAUCUCCACCGAGAUCAUCACCCCCAAUUUCUACUCCGGCCACCAGCGCUCGAUGCUGCUGCCCAACUGUCUCUUCCGGAUGGGCGCGGCGGCGAUCCUGCUGUCGAACCGCCGGCGGGACGCCCGGCGAGCCAAGUACCGUCUGGUCCACGUGGUGCGCACGCACAAGGGAGCCGACGACAGGGCAUACCGGUGCGUGUACGAGGAAGAGGACGGCGAGGGCCACUCGGGGAUCUCGCUGUCGAAGGACCUGAUGGCGAUCGCCGGCGACGCGCUGAAGGCGAACAUCACCACCAUCGGCCCGCUGGUGCUGCCGAUGUCGGAGCAGGUCCUCUUCUUCUUGACGCUGGUGGGGAGGAAGGUCUUGAACACCAAGUGGAAGCCGUACAUCCCGGACUUCAAGCAGGCGUUCGAGCACUUCUGCAUCCACGCCGGCGGGCGGGCGGUGAUCGACGAGCUGCAGAAGAACCUGGAGCUGUCGGAGGAGCACGUGGAGGCGUCGCGAAUGACGCUGCACCGGUUCGGGAACACGUCGAGCAGCUCGCUCUGGUACGAGCUCAACUACAUCGAGUCGAAGGGGAGGAUGCGGCGGGGAGAUCGCGUGUGGCAGAUCGGCUUCGGCAGCGGCUUCAAGUGCAACAGCGCCGUGUGGAAGUGCCUGCGGACGGUGAAUCCGCCGGUGGACGGGCCGUGGGCCGACUGCAUCCACCGCUACCCCGUCAACAUCCCGGAGAUCGUCAAGCUCUGAUCACAAUUCGAUCGUAGCCUUCGCCGCCGCCUCCAUUGCUUGUUUUUUCAGAUAUGAAUCGUGCAUGUGGUUAUAUUAAUAGUUACAAAUCAAGUUGCAAAUGAAUACAAAUCAGAGUAAUAUCUCAUGAAUAA